UAGAAGCAGGCUGAGGCCAGACCAACCCCUGAAAUUUUUAGCCUUUCCAAGAUCAGAAACAUACAUAACUUUCUCCCCUUCCCGCUUCCCCUGCUACUCGGGCCCUAAGCGAACCGGCUGAUCAGUAUGAUCUGGAUGCAUUUUCAACGCGUAAACUGACACAGCAGCAGCCGAUUUGAUUUUAUCUACUUUGUAAUUUUCCUUGCCGUUUACCAAUGAAACCAAAAACAGACAACUGCUGUUCUGCGUUAACAUCUUUUAUCGUCAGAAAUCAGUUUGAGGGAAGCUGAUGCUGAGUUCUCUAACUUCUUUGUGAAGAAUGAUAAACCUUAUUCACAGGAGCUCUCUCCCAGCAUCUGGAUUAUUCCCAUUACGCCUCCUAGCGGAUUAACGAGUACAUUAGGCUCCUGCCCACAUCUAUCAGGACUCCUACAUGUUGGGUUGUCGGCGGCUGUCCUUUGCUUACCAGAACCUGGUGGAGAUUCCAUGCAGCACCAUUCUCCAGUAUCAGGAUACUCUGGAAGUGCUUGACCUCAGCUACAAUCUGCUGGAGGAGAGCCCAGCUGUUCUGGGGGAACUGGAGAAACUCACCACCCUGAUUCUGGACUGCAACAACUACACCUCUCAUGUGAAGUUCCCUUAUAUGCCCAGCAUCACCACAGUGUGGAUCAAUAAGAACAGGAUCAAGAACCUGCCCAUUUUUGUAGAAGAACUUAGGAGGAAAUUUCCAAACAUCAGGUUUCUCAGUAUGAUGAACAACGAAGCAGCGCCAAGCUAUUUUAAUGGAGGGAGUCUAACCCAGUAUCUGGAUUACAGGCAGUACGUCAUCAGCCAGCUCCCACGACUGGAGGUUCUAGAUGACAAGGAAGUUCUGAAGGAGGAGCGGGAUGCAGCUAAGCGGACCUACAAGAUACAGGAAAGGAGGGAUACGUACAGGAAGAAACGAGAACUGAACAAGGGAAAUAUGACAAGCAGUUAAUUUGAUUAACCUUUUUAAUGUUUUUUUUAAAUUCUCCUCAACAGCCAAGCUGCCCUGCAAAUAAAACAAAAAUAUUUGUAAUGUAUAUGUACUUUAGAAAACACUGUAUCGUUAUCAUGGGAAAAUGCCAUAAUCUUUUAAAAUCUCAAGUUAGUUCAGUGCCUCCCUGUGGUGAACAUACAUGUGCUCUACAACACACACAAAACCAUAUUUUCUGUAUUCACAUCUUUCAAGAACAUAUAUAUGAAAGGUCUGAGGACCUUGAGAAAAUAAAAUUUGUAACGUUUGUAAGCAACUGUCCGUAUCUUCCCCUCAGCAGCAAUUGAAGCCAGAAGUAACUUGGUUGUAAGCAGAUUUCCGUCACAAUAUGGCCAACAAACAGUGUUUGCUGACAUUAACAUUGAUACUCCUGACCAAUGUUCUGUCCACGUCUUCACACUUUAGCCUGGACAGCUGGUAAUUCCCCACCCACAUAUAAGCUUUGCUCACUACCUGAAAUACCUAAACACAAGCAUGCAGGGCUGAAAAGGUAACUGGCUUUCAGUAAUGAAC